AUGAGUCAACACCUUCGCGAGAGGCUUGUCAAUUGGUUCGAGGUCGUCUACGAGUUAUACUUGGCCUGGAACCACCUUGCGUGUUGUAUUCAUAUUGUCCCCUUCAGGCCUUCCUGGUCUUCCCCGUCCCAUCAAUUUGCGUCCCUUUAUCCCUUCUAUCCCCAACAAACAGGCCAUAACCCUGAUCCUCUCGUUCUUGCAGACUUCUGCUGUGGCGUGUAUGAGAUGAGAGCCUGGUGCACGUAUGCUAUGUUCACCAUGGUUGACGUAAUCCAUCAAUCCAUCCGCCGGCCACUGUUGCAUCAUCCAGUUGAUGAAAACAUGAUGGGCGCUACUUUCUUCGAUGACCUUGAUUUGUCCGAUAGUAAUAUAUCGACUCUUCAUCGUCACGGUGUCCCUAUUUUUCAGGUACGGGUAUGGGACGGUCCACGAACAACAGAAAGACCUCAGAUAACCGCACACGUCGCGACAAGCCGCCCAGUCAGGGUGGAGCAACGUGUUCGAGUAAAUCUCUUCUUUGAGGAAAGCGCGUCGAGCAUCCUUCGGGCUUUCCCCUGGAUAGUCCAUCCACUGACAGAGGCGAAUAUGAAGCAAAGUCUUGUGUGGAUUGUUGCGGACGAGCUGGGCCUGUCUAAACCCCCUCGGCCGAUUGCCCUCCCCCAAUGUACGUCCACUGUGCUCCAAAAGCACUUUGGCAGAGGUGUUAAUAUCGAGGCUGUUGCCAAGUCGGAGGCGGUCCACCAACCAAGAGGUUUCCACGCUCAGCCUGAUCCUCGUCCCUCUGCUCCUCCGCAUUUCCCUCCUCCACCUCUGCCCCCCUUGAUCGUAGGCCACACAGCCUCACGACUACAAUCCCAGCAUCCCCUUGAUCGUCGUCACCAGUCCACCCACGUUCUCCCCCCUGUUGCACCCCCCGUUGCAGCGCCUUCCACUUCAAGUGCGCCUCCAAUUCCCGACAGCUCAGGCAGCUCGGAUAGUGGAUGUGAAUUGGAUAUAAGCACAACCAUGGUGAUGCAGCGGAAGUAUCCCCAACAGCAGGGUGAAAGCAGGCGGGCCUAUUCGAGGCGAAUUUAUAAGGAACUUCAGCGGGUGAAGGAAACACUCGAUCAUCCAGAGGGGCGAUUAUUGAUAGCUGGCGCAUACCUUGGGAGCGAGAUCUGUUUGAAGCGGAUAUCGGAGGAACAAGCCAAGCCAGCACUGGGUAACAAGGCUGGCAGAGGGGUGCGGACAUCCACUCUACGUCUGUAUCUUGACAAGUUGUGGCCCAAUUCACAGCGACGAGCGAUGAUGUCCGAAACCGAGCUCCAACAGCGUCGGAAGGAUAGUUUAACUAUUCUUCGAGACUCAGGAACAUCCUUUGAGGAUCUGCCCCCAGGCGUUCUGUCUGAGCUUGCUGUCUCACGACCGGCUGUGAUGGACGUUGAUCCACCUAGUACGAUGAGGCCUGUGGGACCACUAGCGUCAACGUCUGUGGGCCUUGUUGAGCCUCAGUUGUCAAGCGAGGUCCAGGCAGGCGGUACUGUUGAGAGGCCUCGGACGCCACCAUCUCACCUCAUGAAGCGUUCUUGGUCUACAGUUCAAUCGCCUACAUCGCCCCCUCCACGGAGGCCUGCCCCGUGUCGCUCGGUGUCACCUGCUCGUGGAUCUUCAUCUCAUCCCGUGCAUCAGGUGUCUCGACAACACCAUUCCCAUUCGCGUUUGCAUUCCCAUUCUUGUUCCCUCUCCCCCCUUCGCAUCCCCUCUUCCCGUCAUCGUUCCCGUUCCCGUUCCCGUUCAUGUUCCCGUCGUAGUUCUCGUUCCCAUUCCUGUUCCCAUUCCCGUUCCCGUCACCGUUCUCAUUCUCGUUCCCGUCGUCGUUCUCAUUCUCGUUCCCGUCGUCGUUCUCAUUCUCGUUCCCAUCGUCGUCGUUCCCGUCGUCGUUCUCGUUCCCGUUCCCGUUCCCGUUCCCAUUCUCACCCCGCCCCCCGCUCUCGUUCCCAUUCCCGCCCCCAGCUUUCCGAUGGCUCUCAGUCUCGUGCCCACCCACUUUCUAGCCCCCGACUCCACAGCACUCCAGUGCAGCAUCUACAAGAACAGCAAGUCGUUGGUGGCUCGCUUACUUCGACCCCGUUUGUGCGGAUUCCCGCACACAAGUGGUUCAAGGUUGAAGUAUCCACUCAAUGUUGGGAUGCAACACUGCCGCAUCACCUCGUGCCAGCAAACCUCGCUGCCCAGUAUCGGUCGCGUGGUGUUUGGGGUGUUAAAGCGAACAUGCUCAGAUCUUCCUUGAGGAAGGAUCUCAAGGGCAAUAAUGUCGCUCAUGCAUGGAGACAUACGUUCUUGCUGAAGGAAUUGAAUUUCGUGGAUUCCUUCAAGCAGUUUAUUUUCACCACGGGCCAUUUUUUCGAUGAUCACACCACCAGCAUGCUUCUCUCGAAUUUGAAGGGGAUUGCGGCUUUCGCCUCCGCUGACGACCUAGUGUACAUCUCAUGUGUCUAUGAGCAUGCUAUCAACGAAUACGAGCAAGCUCUACUUCGUCAAUUGGCCCUCCUCCUCUUCAUCAUGACAUCAUCCCUGACGUUGUCCUGGACUAUUGGAGCUACCCACCAAUCCCUGCGAGUCCUCACCAGGUCCUCCAGAAGCGAACGCUUCAAUGUUACACAUUCUCAACGUCGUGGCUUUCAGAGCGCAUUGCCUCGUUGCCAAGUGAACAGCGGACGAUUCAGCUCAGGCGUUUCGAGAUGA